GAGGGGACAGGGACAUAGAUGGAGAAGCAGGGGAGCCUGCUGCAGGACUCAAUCCCAGGACCGCGGGAUCACGACCUGAGCCAAAGAGCCGAGAAAACAGAAGUCCUCAGUGAAGAUCUGUUACAGAUCGAGCGGCGCCUGGACACGGUUCGGUCAGUGUGCCACCUUUCCCACAAGCGUCUGACGGCAUGCUUCCAGGGCCAGCAUGGCAGCGAUGCCGAGAGGAGAUACAAAAAACUCCCUCUGACCGCUCUCGCUCAGAUCAUGCAAGAAGCAUCGACUCAACUGGAAGACUCUCUGCUGGGGAAGAUGCUGGAGACAUGUGGGGAUGCUGAGAAUCAGCUGGCUCUCGAACUUACUCAGCAUGAAUCCUUUGUUGAGAAAGAGAUUGUGGAUCCUCUGUGCAACAUAGCAGAGCUGGAGAUUCCCAACAUCCAAAAACAGAGGAAACAGCUUGCUAAAUUGGUGUUAGACUGGGAUUCAGUCAGAGCCAGGUGGAACCAGGCUCACAAAUCUUCAGGAACCAACUUCCAGGGGCUUCCAUCAAAAAUCGAUACCCUAAAGGAAGAGAUGGAUGAAGCUGGAAAUAAAGUAGAGCUGUGCAAGGAUCAACUAGCAGCAGAUAUGUACAGCUUUAUGUCCAAAGAAGGGGAGUAUGGCAAAUUCUUUGUUACGUUAUUAGAAGCCCAAGCAGAUUACCAUAGAAAAGCAUUAGCAGUCUUAGAAAAGGCCCUUCCCGAAAUGCGAGCCCAUCAAGCCAUUCUGAACCCCUGAGAGCAGUGGCCAGCGCUACCGCCGCCCACGACACCCAGCCAGGGCCACAGCUGCACACCCGCACGUAGCGGCAGACACGAAGGCCUACGCGGCAGCUGGCGUACCCCCAAAAGCCGGCGUGGGACAGAUGCCCUGUCUCUGCAGGAUGGCCGGGACGGGGAACCUGGGAGCUUCUGGAGGCUGCAAAUGCCCAAGGUCUCCAGGACGGAAACCUCUAUGCAAUCGGAAUCUGCUCUCCUUGGGGCAUGGACGCGUGUCACUGUGUGCCUUUCACCUCAAUUAAGAAACUAAUACUGCGAGGAAACCAGAGUCCAUGGACCGUGGGUAGUGGGAUACCACUAGGCGAGGAGAAGGAGAGGGCCAGGUGCACGUGGGCACGUGCUCCGUGGCCCACCCGGGACAACCAGCGCAGCGGGAAGCAGGGGAAGGGGCCCGGCCCUGGCGUGCGCAGUCGGGAGGACGCGUGGCGCGGGCCGGGCCGGGGGCCGCAGACGGCCUUCAGAAGGCCCGAGGCCUUGCCACUCCCGGCCUGCUCUAGCGGAACCCGGGGCGGGCGUUGCCUAGAAACGCAUCAUUGUCCUUGGGUUCUUAGCCUUGCGCAGGCAGCAGUUCUGGGACACUUGGCGGGGUAGUCCGACCGGGCUGGACGCUUUUUGCGAAGUGGACCAGAUCGGUUCUAUGACCCGCACAAAUGCUUUCCUGGACCCGUGGCCUGGGCUCUGUCCUAGGCCGUUUCCGAGGGCAAGCGGACGGCAGUGAGACUUCCAUCACCGGCCACAGCUUCAGUGUCACCAGAGAUGUGCCGACGAAGGGAAGGGAAAAGGUGGACGAGGUACCUGACUCUGGGAGAAAGGAGGACGAGGUGAGUCGGGUGACCUUAACAUCACAGAAUGAGAGACUUAAAACUCUGUGUAGUGAUCCAGCAGAGAAGUAUGAAGCUUCAGAGCUUCAACUAAAGCAGCAGAGUGCUGGCUACCGACAUCAGCUCCAAAAGAACCAGGUACAAAUAGCACUGCUUAGCGAAAAACCACAAGGGACCGAGGAGGAAUUGCUGGGGCCGCGGUCAGCCGCUCCGAGGGUAAACUCUGCAGCUGGUGGCCAACUGUCAGCCAUGGAAUCUCAUUCCCCCAGUUUCGAUUUCGGUCAUCACGCUUCACCUUUCCACGGUGACGCCGUGGACUUUGCUGAUGUGAUCUGGUCACAGCAAGAAAUAAACAGAUUGUCAAGUCAAGUCUUAAGACUUGAGGCCGAAGUCAGUCAUUGGAAACGUCUUUCCCAGGCUUCGGUGCAGGGAACGAAUAGCCUAGAGCCACUCAAAAUCCGCAACCUGCAGAGUACCAUCAGGGAACUGGAGCAGAAGCGAAGCAAGGAAAUUGAGGAUCACCAACUCGAAAUGGCAGUACUGCAGAACGUCCACCGGCAGAAGCUCGCAGACGUCAUCCGCAGGUACCGCGGAAAACUGAACGGCCUUGAGGAAAAGGUUGAAGAACUGCAAAGCCUGUUACAGAAG